AUGCACUUCAGCACCGUCACCAGGGACAUGGAAGCCUUCACGGCCAGCAGCCUGAGCAGCCUGGGGGCCGCCGGGGGCUUCCCGGGCGCCGCGUCGCCGGGCGCGGACCCCUACGGCCCGCGCGAGCCGCCGCCGCCGCCGCCGCGCUACGACCCGUGCGCCGCCGCCGCCGCCCCGGGCGCCCCGGGCCCGCCGCCGCCGCCGCCGCCGCACGCCUACCCGUUCGCGCCGGCCGCCGGGGCCGCCAGCAGCGCCGCCGCCGAGCCCGAGGGCCCCGGGGCCAGCUGCGCGGCCGCCGCCAAGGCGCCGGUGAAGAAGAACGCCAAGGUGGCCAGCGUGAGCGUGCAGCUCGAGAUGAAGGCUCUGUGGGACGAGUUCAACCAGCUGGGCACCGAGAUGAUCGUCACCAAGGCCGGCAGGCGCAUGUUCCCCACCUUCCAAGUGAAGCUGUUCGGCAUGGACCCCAUGGCCGACUACAUGCUCCUCAUGGACUUCGUGCCCGUGGACGACAAGCGCUACCGGUACGCCUUCCACAGCUCCUCCUGGCUGGUGGCGGGGAAGGCAGACCCCGCCACGCCGGGCCGAGUGCACUACCACCCGGACUCGCCCGCCAAGGGCGCCCAGUGGAUGAAGCAGAUCGUGUCCUUCGACAAGCUCAAGCUGACCAACAACCUGCUGGACGACAACGGCCACAUUAUUCUCAACUCCAUGCACAGAUACCAGCCCCGCUUCCACGUGGUGUACGUGGACCCGCGCAAGGACAGCGAGAAGUACGCCGAGGAGAACUUCAAGACCUUUGUGUUCGAGGAGACGCGCUUCACGGCAGUCACCGCCUACCAGAACCACAGGAUCACGCAGCUCAAGAUCGCCAGCAACCCCUUCGCCAAAGGCUUCCGAGACUGCGACCCUGAAGACUGGCCCCGCAACCACCGGCCCGGCGCGCUGCCGCUCAUGACCGCCUUCGCGCGCUCGCGGAACCCGGUGGCCUCCCCCGGGCAGCCCAACGGCGCGGACAAAGACGCGGCCGAAGCCCGGCGGGAGUUCGAGCGCGAGGCGGGCGGGCCGGCCGUGCUCGGGGACCCGGCGCCCCCGCCGCCGCCGCUGCUGGCGCGCGUGCUGAGCCCCGCGCUGCCCGGGGCCGGCGGCGCCGGGGGCCUCGUCCCGCUGCCCGGCGCGCCCGGAGGCCGGCCCAGCCCCCCGCACCCCGAGCUGCGCCUGGAGGCGCCCGGCGCGUCCGAGCCGCUGCACCACCACCCCUACAAGUACCCGGCCGCCGCCGCCGCCUACGACCACUACCUCGGGGCCAAGAGCCGGCCGGCGCCCUACCCGCUGCCCGGCCUGCGCGGCCACGGCUACCACGCGCACCCGCACCCGCACCACCACGCGGUGAGCCCCGCGGCCGCCGCCGCCGCCGCCGCCGCUGCCGCCGCCGCCGCCGCCAACAUGUACUCGGCCGCCGGGGCCGCGCCGCCGGGCUCCUACGACUACUGCCCCCGGUAA